AUGAAGAUCCCUUGUUCUUUUUGUGCUUGUUUCUCAGCAUCGGUCCAAGAACAACAGACCAAGCAAGAAGAGCCAGGUGAAGAUAAUGACGGAAACUUUCGCAUAUUCACUUACAGAGAAUUGAAUUCUGCCACACGGGGCUUUCAUCCCUCGGAAAAGAUUGGAGAAGGAGGCUUUGGCUCUGUGUACAAGGGGGAGCUUCGGGAUGGAAGUUUGGUGGCCGUGAAAGUGCUUUCGAUUGAGCUAGAUUCCCUGAGAGGAGAGAGGGGGUUUGUAGCAGAAUUGAAUACACUAGCAAAUGUCAAGCACCAAAAUCUAGUUACUCUUCGAGGGUGUUGUGUAGAAGGAACCCACAGAUACAUAGUCUACGAUUACAUGGAAAAUAAUAGCCUUCGUCACACUUUCUUAGGUGAUCUUCAGAUUAUUUUCUAA